AUGCCGCUGGCCAGACCCUCGAUCCGGCAUUUCUGCCUCGGCAGCACCUUGACGCCGUUCCUAUAUCCCUCCUUGUCCGAAGCCUGCGCGCUUUCCAUCGCGCGCCGAUGUUUUGUCGGCAGACGAGCACCACUCGCACGAUGUAGUUCUUCCACGACCGAGAGCGCAGUCUCUCAAUCCGAAUCAUACUACGAACAACCGUCCCAUCUCAAUCCCACACCGGACAACUAUGCAUUGACACCUUUCGCCGACCGAUGUAUCCUGACAGUAGAAGCCGGCUCUGGUGGCCACGGCUGUGUAUCUUUCUUGCGAGAAAAGUACAUUGAGGAAGGGCCUGCGAAUGGCGGAGAUGGCGGCAGCGGUGGGAACGUGUAUAUUCAGGCAGUGCGCGGCGAGACUUCGCUACACAAGCUUGCCAGACGCCGGCUCAUGAAAGCUGGAAGGGGUAGGAACGGUCAAGGAAAGGUGAAGGGUGGGGAGCGAGGCGCAGAUGUUUUGAUCACGGUGCCGGUGGGCACUAUCGUGCGCGAGAUCCAACGGCACGAUCCGAUAGCAGAUGAGAUUGAAGAGCAGGAGCUACUCGAACGCUCACGCGGCCGCACACGUCGGCGCAAACCAAAGUCUGAGGAGAAGAGGGCGGAAUUGGGAGACGAGGUAGAGCAAGGCGCCUACAGGAAAGACAAAUGGCUGGUGUUCCCUGGGAUGGUUCCCUCGGAACUCAACAGGCUGGCCUUCCCGCCUCUGCCGCCGCCUAGGAAGUCGCAUCUGGCAGCACUCCAGCCGCAAGCCCCCAUGUGGCUUGAUCUGGAUAAACAUAUGGAGACGCCUAUGUUGCUCGCUGCAGGUGCGAUGGGUGGUCUAGGCAAUCCUCACUUUGUUACGCCCAAUCAGUACCGUCCAAUGAUGGCGACUAGAGGCGAUACAGGCAUGAAAUUGUCGCUGCAGCUCGAACUAAAGAUAUUGGCAGAUCUUGGGCUUGUUGGCCUUCCCAACGCGGGCAAGAGCACAUUGCUGCGAGCACUGAGCAACAGUCGAGCCCGCGUGGGCAAUUGGGCCUUUACGACCUUGCAGCCGAACGUAGGCACCGUAGUCUUAGACGACCACAAGGGACGACCCAAGGUUGUGAAACGGGGCAGAGAUGGCUUGCUGCGCGACAACUUCACAAUUGCCGAUGUACCUGGGCUCAUUGAGGAUGCGCACCUUGACAAAGGCCUAGGCCUCGGUUUCCUCCGUCAUGUGGAAAGAGCUGCAGUUCUUGCAUUCGUCAUCGACCUAUCCGCCGGUGACGCCGUCCAAGCUUUGAAGCUACUCUGGCGCGAAGUAUCUGAGUAUGAGAGUAUGCGAGGCAAAGAGCUGAACGCCGAGACGGAGCGUCGCAUGACAGAGCGUCGCACGGUCACCUACACGCCGCCGGGCAGCAGCUCUCCACCCAGCGACCCGUCGGAUAUGAUCGACUCGUCAGAAUUCGACACGACCCUCGAGCCCCUGGAGUUCAUCCCUACCACCCCCAUUUCAGCGAAGCCGUGGUUCGUAAUCGCGACGAAGGCUGACUUGCCGGAUACUCAGGACAAUUACCAGCAGUUGCACAAGUAUCUGGCCGGUAUGAACGAGGAUGCAGAGCCACAUCCCAGUGGUCGGAAGAACGCGUGGAAGAACGGCGUCCAGGCGGUUCCUGUGAGUGCCAUCAAAGCUGAAGGUGUGGAGGUUAUACCCCAGUUGGUGAUGGAUCUUCUAGAAGAGUAA